GAGUAAUAACAUGUUCAAAUACUUAGUACAUUGUCUCGAAUCUAGGUUGUGCCUUAAGAUUUCGAUAAAAUUAACAACCAAGGAAGAAUUUGUCACUUCUCAAACACCAAACCCCGGCCUAGUCUGCUUCGCAAGCGUUCCGGAAGUCUCGCGAUGUUGCGUGCGUCUCUGGGUUUAGAAACUCUGUGACAACAACAAAUGAAAUACUGUCAUCUGUUGCCAUGACAAUGUUCUUAAUACGGAGGCUCACCCGGAUGGUUUAUGGAGCUAAAACGCGAAAGUCAAGCUAGCUAACAGGAGGCCAAGGUUUGUUGACGUGAGCUAAAAACUAAAAUCUUAAGUUUGAAGGUGAAAGUCUCGAUUGCUAGUGUGCUAACUGCAGAGUAUCGGUUAGACAAACCAAAAUGAGUCUGGAUAAAGCAAAGCUAUGCGAUUCGUUACUAAAUUGGCUACAGACAUUUCAGGUGCCCUCAUGCACCAGUAAGCAGGACCUGACGAGCGGAGUGGCUAUUGCACACGUUCUACACAGGAUAGACCCCUCCUGGUUUAAUGAGGCAUGGCUGAGCAGGAUCAAGGAGGAGAGUGAGGCCAACUGGCGCCUCAAGGUCAGCAACCUGAAGAAGAUUCUUCAGAGCAUGCUUGAGUAUUACCAUGAUGUGCUUGGCCACCAGGUAGCAGACGAGCACCUGCCAGACAUCAAUCUGAUUGGGGAGUUUGGAGAUGUGACUGAACUUGGAAAGCUGGUGCAGUUGGUGCUUGGCUGUGCUGUCAGCUGUGAGAAGAAGCAAGAGCACAUCCAGCAGAUAAUGACCCUGGAGGAGUCUGUCCAGCAUGUUGUCAUGACAGCCAUACAGGAGCUCCUGGCUAAAGAGACAACUGUUCCAGGAAGUCCUGAGACCUACGGGGACUUUGACUACCAGUCCAGGAAGUAUUAUUUUCUCAGUGAGGAGGUGGACGCGAAGGAGGAUCUGGGCCAGCGCUGUCGGGACCUGGAGCACCAGUUGGCAGCCGUCCUGGAGGAGAAGUCGUCCCUGCAGGUGGAGACACAGUCCCUGAGGGAGAAGCUCAGCCUCAGUAACCCACAGGAUGCUUCUACCACCAUCACUGGCAAGAAGCUGCUGCUGCUGCAGAGCCAGAUGGAGCAGCUACAGGAGGAGAACUACAGACUAGAGAACAGCCGAGAUGACAUGCGUGUGCGAGGGGAGAUUCUGGAGCGUGACGUUUUGGACCUCACUCACCGUAACGAUGAACUGACCAGCCUCGCCCAGGAGGCCCAGACUCUCAAAGAUGAGAUGGACAUCCUCCGGCAUUCGUCUGACCGGGUGAGCCGGCUGGAGGCACUGGUGGAGACAUACAAGCGUAAGCUGGAGGACCUGGGGGACCUGCGCAGACAGGUGCGUCUGCUGGAGGAGCGCAACACUGUCUACAUGCAGCGCACAUGUGAGCUGGAGGAGGAGCUACGCAGGGCCAACUCAGUCCGCACGCAGCUGGACACCUACAAGAGACAGGUCCAUGAGCUUCACACCAAGCAUUCGUCAGAGGCACUGAAGGCUGAGAAGUGGCAGUUUGAGUACAAGAACCUUCAGGAUAAGUAUGACGCCCUGCUUAAGGAGAAAGAGCGUUUGAUCUCAGAGCGAGACACACUGCGGGAAACCAAUGAUGAGCUCAGGUGUGCACAGGUCCAACAGAAGGGCCUCAGUCAACCAGGUGGAUUAUGUGAGGACUCUGGCACAGUGGGAAACCUGGCCUCUGAGAUGAUGCCCACAGAGUUCAAGGAGACGGUGGUGCGUCUGCAGAGUGAGAACAAGAUGCUGUGUGUCCAGGAGGAGAGCUACAGACAGAGACUGGUGGAGGUACAGGGUCAGCUGGAGGAGUCUCAACGCAGCCAGAACACCCUGGAGACACAAAACAGGUUGAACCAGCAGCAGAUCUCUGAGCUGCGGUCCCAGGUGGAGGAUCUCCAGAAGGCUCUACAGGAGCAGGGCAGCAAGGCAGAGGAUGCCAUCUCCUCCCUGCUGAAGAAGAAGCUUGAGGAGCACCUGGAGAAGCUCCAUGAGGCCCACUCAGACCUGCAGAAGAAGAGAGAGGUCAUUGAUGACCUGGAGCCCAAAGCGGACGGCAACAUGGCGAAGAAGAUCGAUGAGCUGCAGGAGAUCCUGAAGAAGAAGGAUGAGGACAUGAAGCUGAUGGAGGAACGCUACAAGCGCUAUGUGGAGAAGGCCAGGACGGUGAUCAAGACUCUGGACCCCAAGCAGCCACCUCUGACUGUGUCUCCUGAUGUUCAGGCCCUCAAGAACCAGUUGACUGAGAGAGACCGGAAGAUCCAGCACCUGGAGCAUGACUAUGAGAAGAGCAGGUCCAGACAUGAGCAGGAGGAGAAACUCAUCAUAAGUGCCUGGUACAAUAUGGGUAUGGCCCUGCAUCAGAAGGUGGUGGGAGAGCGGUCGGGUCCGUCCAACCAGGCCCAGUCCUUUUUGGCCCAGCAGAGGCAGUCCACCCACGCCAGGAGAGGCCUCGCAGCCCGCCACCAGCCCAGAUAAGACACAUCAACUCUGGGGGAGGAUGUGGAGAUUAUCGAUAUCUUAGUGUUCACUACUUCCGUACCCCUACUCUCACUGCUCUGAUGCCUUUACUUCUCCUCUUGGUGUUUUGUGAAGAUUGCUGCUGCCCUCUGCUGGGCAUCUCUGUUACAGGAUUUUCUGGAGCGUCAGCGAUGCAGAGCUACUUACUGCACCUUCAAGUGCAUUCAAUGCUGCCAAGACUCAUUUGAACAAAGAUGAGAGAAAUGGGUCUAAAUGAGAGCUGGAAUGAAGGAACAUGAAGUGGAUAGAAAUAAGCUGUGUGACUAAUCCUUUGUCAUGGAAUUCUUAGACAAUGUUUCUCAUUCAGUCCCUCCAUUUCUUUCAAGCCCUAUUUUUAGCUAUAAUGUAUUUUAUGUUUUCUUAAGGUUUAGAUUAGGACAUUAUGAGAAUCAAUGCUUUGGAAGGCCACAAUGAUGACCGAGAUGGAAAGGGAUGAUUUCUGCUGUCAAUAGGGCAGGGGUCUUUACCUUCCCCCUACUACUACUUCUAUAUAUUUUCACCCUUUAUUAUCCAGCCCACUGCCAGGCUAAAUAGAUAUUAUCCUCUUACUCUGACAUGGAAACACUAAGAGACACCUAUGGGUUGAGAUCAUGGUGAAUUUGUGUGAUUUUUCUAUUCAUUUGUGCCCAAGUCAUUUGGAGAUUCUGGCUUGUGCUGUGUCUCUGACACUUAAAUGUACACGGUGAGAGAAACUGGUGAAGCGCUAGAACGGGUGUCAUCCGGAUCCAGAUAUUUUGCAGGGGAGGGGGGGGGGGCUGGCUAACUCGAUAUACUUUUACAAUGACGAAAAUCAAGUUUGAAACUAGAAAUGCGAAUGGACCUACAUUCAUACAGUUUAUUGACUGUGUCCAGCUCACUAAUAAUCAUCUAAAUGACAGUCGGGAGCAUCACUUUUUGCCCAUUUUGAUGGCGAGGAAAUGUUGUUGAAGACUGAAUGUGGCCCCCGGGGCAAAAUGAGUUUGGCACCCCUCAUCUCGAAGAGCUCAAUGUCUUUGAUAUGAGAGGAACACAUUUUCUCUGCACACACAGUCAUGACCUCUCUUGUUUCUGUGAAUGUGUUUUUAGACUUUUCUUUCAAGCUGUAUCAUCUAUUUGUUUUCUCCUUUUGUGAUGAGUAGUUUUGUUAUAGUUUGAAGAGCAGGAAGAAUAGCUUUCUAACCUCAGUGUUUUAUGUAGUUGUGUUAGUCUGUAUAAUAAUGUUCAGCAAGGGUACACAGUGUAAAGAAAAGCACUUCCUCCCUUUUGAUAAUGGUUCAUUUCCUUGUGAAAGACUAGAAAAAUGUCCCGGACUCUGUUUAACCUAUCUACUUUUGUAUCAAAUUCCUGUUAGGAGUAUGGUGUUCACAUGUAAUGGCAGGCACUCUGAAAGACUAGCAGAUAUGGGUCCUCUUCUGUCAGGACCAUUUGACUGGUAGUAUUCACACAGACUAUUGAACAAGCUUUUCUUUCAAGCUGUAAUAUGGGAAUUUACUCUAUGAAUGAUUGACUAGACUUCCUUAUGGACUACAUUUAGUUCUUUUCACUUGAAUUUAUCCCCUCUAAAGAGUGAAACAGGGUGUUUUAAGAGUUAUGAUUGGUUGCACACACCACUUUAGACUGAUUUGAAUGUAGGAAACGCUGGUGCUUGUGAGAACCAGAGUGUGGGGGUAUUGAUUCACAUAGUUAAUUGAUGUGGGGGGGGUGACUGGACUGGCCACACUGGAGGUUGUUACUGUGUAAUCCGGGAGGGAAGUAAGGUUUCAAGAUGGCAAUGGUAUGUAGCUUUUCUCUCAUUCUCAGCAGAAGCAAUCAACUAUAGAUGCUUCAUUUCGCUGACACUGGAACGUACCUAGCUAAUGAACAAUGUGUACUCUUUUUGUCAUAUUUACAACUGAAUUUAUGUACAUUUUUACCUAUCAUUUUCUCAAGAUGAACCUGUGAAGGACAACACUAUUGUUGAACACUACAUCUAUCUGAUUACUUUGACAGUAUCUGCGUAAACAUGGAACUUCUCUUUGGUAGCCAAACUGCUCUCUGUGACUUGUACCUAACCCUCUGUAAGUGUGUAACUAUCUGUGCAAUGUUAUCUACCAGGCUAUGAAACCACAACUGUGUGUACAUUUAACUUCACUUAGUGUUUUACUCUUUAAGUAGAUGUGUUUAUUUGGUAUUGAAUCGGGAAGUCAGGCUUUUAAUUUCAAAGUAGUAAAUCAACAUUCCAACUGAACUGCUAUGUUCUAGCACAGAUAUGGCCUGUACAAUUCAACCUGUCCUUUUUGUGACUGGAAAUCCCUCAAAUAUAUUGUCAAUGUACUGUCCAAUUGCAGUAUAACUUGUUGACACUGUCCAUUAGCAAUAUAUUACAAUUUACAUUUACCAUCACAAAUUGAACAUGCAGUUAAAGGACUUAAACUCUACUGAACAAAAAUAUAAACGCAACAUGUGAAGUGUUGGUUUCAUGAGCUGAAAUAAAAGAUCCCAUAAAUGGUCUAUACACACACAAAG